AUAUUGGAAGUUCUAAAAGGUAAGAAAGUAGCCUGUGGUGUCCUAGAUUGUCAUGGAAUUCAUGACAACUUGUGUAAAUGAGCUUCCUGUGUCUCUUUACAGACACUCCUACACUACAAGAGCUCCCCAAAGUGAUGCAGCCCUUUGUCUAGCUAGUUCAGAUAAAAAUACCAUCCUCCCUAUCAUGUGACCAGGAAACACAGAAAGCAUAGAUGAAGCUCUCUCAGUCCUUUUAGCUGUGCUGAAGAUGAAUUGCCUUGUGUUCUUGGCGAUGGCUUUUCUACAGUCCUAUCAAAGCAAUGUAUCUUUAACGGCAGAAGGAAAACAUGUGGACUCAAUUGUGAAACUCUCCAGGACCAUGGCUCUUGAAUGUGUCUACCCAAAGAAUGCAUCUAUUUCUCAGAUAGAAUGGCAGAAGGAAGAGAAUCAAAGCAAAAGUAGCAUUGCGGUCUUCAGGCUACCUUAUGAUCUACAUAUAGAAAGCAGCUAUAAGGCCAGAAUCCUGGUCACUAAUUUUACCUCAAACAAUAAGACCUUGAUUUUCAGCAAAACCACUGAGGAAGAUGUUGGUUUUUACCGAUGUUCCUUUCAUGCUUUUCCAGAUGGGAUCUGGGAAAAGACGAUAUAUGUUGUUCAAUCUGGGGCUUUUGAAUUUUCAAACUUGUCAAUUCAUCAUUUGAUUACUAAACCAGGAGAAAACGUCACUUUUGAAUAUCGGUCUAAUUCUGAUGCAGCAGCGAAUCGAGUGACAUGGGAAAGAGUGCAACCUGACUGUAUAGAUUUUAUAAUCCAGUGUGUGGAUUCUGAAAUGCCAGUCUAUGGUUCGGAUUAUCAAAAUCGUGUAGACUGUAUCUCUGAAAGUUCGAUUGUACUUUGGCAUGUCACAGCUUCUGACUUUGGAAUGUAUCGCUUUUCUUACAACAAGGUGAACGGAGAAAAUGGAACUGGCUGGAUAAAAUUGAUGAUUAAUAGCCAUGCACCUUUAUUUACUAAGCUGCAUAUGAUUUUUAUUGGAAGUGCUGCCUUUUUAAUCCUGGUUAUUGUGGUUAUACUUAUAUACAGAAGUUGUUGUGUCACCAAAAAGAGGAAAAGGAUUAAGAAGAUGAGAGACUACAAAACUACUUGUAGACAGCACCAGCAUCAAUACAAAAACUGGCCUGGUGAGGGCUCAGCAAAUACCAGUCAAAGUCCUACUGCAACAGAGGAUCCAAUAUAUGUCAACUGCAAACAGUUUAUGAAAAACAUGAAGCAAAAACCUACUUUUGUACAAAGUGAGCUUCAAAUUGGUGUGCUGUUAAAUAUAUUGUAACUUUGAUUCAGCAGAUCUGUCAACAAGAUAAUGUUAUGUGAGAGCCAUGGUUGAAGUAUGUAUCUGAGGAGAGGAGAAAUCUCAUCUCCAAAGAUUUAGGAGGGCAAAUGACAAAGUUAAUCAACAUAAAUACAAACCAACAAAAGCCUGUAAAAAUCAGGAAAUUCAAAUAGUUGACUCAAUCAGGACCAAGUUUCCCUUUCAGGUGGGCCUUAAAAGAUGGGAAACUUUCACUUUGUGUUUUUUGAUUUUCUAUCCUGAGAUGACUUUUCUUCUUGGACUGGCAUCCAACCAAAAGAGAUCUGGAGAAUAAGAAGGGACUAACCAUUUGGGAAAUAUAGAGAUAAAUGUACAUUAAAUUCUUUAAAAAAAUACAUUUUGGAUUUAUCUUGUUUCUUUAUAUCCUUUGUAUAAGAUAUACAUACUUUCUCUCCUCUCUAUUAUGCAUGCUCAAAAGAUCAAAGUCUGCAAGAUUUUUCUCAUUGUCUACAAUUCUCAAUUAGCUCUAAACUUAAUCUACAUAACAAAUUACCUCUAUCUUUUGUGGAAUCAGUAGUCUCAUCCUGACAAGGAAUUUAUCCUACCUUGCAUUCCAGCCACUCUGGUAACUCUAAAAAUGAG